AUGGUUAUGGCGGCAUGUACUACGAUUGGUAGGGCUGAGGUGCACACCUCGGGAUCCACGCAUCGGCGCCGACCGGCCCGUUCCCGAGGCUGUGAAAUAGCCGGUAACUCGCCUACAUACCUACUUCCCAUCCUGAAAUUCGACGCCACCUCUCAUCAGCAUCGUCAGGAUAUGACUGGAAAAUUUGCAGUCCGGUCGCUGGACCACUUGGUUCUCACAGUCCGAUCCAUUCCAGAGACAGUGGACUUCUACACGACCCAUCUAGGGAUGCGGCAUGAAGUCUUUAUAUCACCGAAGGAUCCCUCGGUAGAGAGGCACGCCCUUCUCUUUGGCACUCAGAAGAUCAAUCUUCAUCUUUCUGGGAAAGAAUUCGAACCCAAGGCGCAGAAUGUCAAGCCCGGCAGCGCCGAUUUGUGCUUCUUGACAGACGAGAAUGUGGAUAAGGUUCACCAAGCCUUCCAGGAUGCCAAAAUCGAGGUCCUUGAAGGUGCCCAGGUCGUCGAUCGCACCGGGGCGGUUGGAAAGAUUCGAAGUGUCUACGUGAGAGACCCAGAUGGGAAUUUGAUAGAGUAG